AAACACUACCUAAAUUCUCAACAGGUCCUAGACUACAUGUCUACCACUACCAAGGUUGUUACAUAGAGGAGAUAUCACUAUCAGCUAUGGAGUACUCAGAGUUCCAGCUCUUCCCAUUCAUGUCUUCCCUUUUAGCUCUACCAACACUACCACCAUUAAACCACAUUUGCUUCAUCCAAAAUGCAUUUCCAGCUCUUAUUAUGGGCUCUCACUAUCUUCAUCAAUUUAGCAGGAAUGGAAGCUAUACCCACUACUCUGGAAGGCCCUUUUCAGCCUAAAACUCGUCGUUUUGACCCCUCGUUGCGCCGAGGUAGUGCUGAUUUACCAAUGGAUCAUCCAAGAUUAAGGAGAAAGGUAACUGGGAAUUUCCCAGAACAGAUUUCACUUGCACUUUCUUCUCCGUCUUCAAUGUGGGUUUCUUGGGUAACUGGGAAUGCUCAAAUCGGUACCAAUGUGACAGAAUUAGACCCAUCAAGUGUUGGUAGUGAGGUUUGGUAUGGAAAAAUAAGUGGGAUUUAUACCUUCAAGAAAAAUGGAGUUUCUAUGGUUUAUAGUCAGCUCUACCCUUUUGAUGGCCUCUUGAACUAUACUUCUGGCAUCAUUCAUCAUGUUAAGAUUGAAGGUCUUGAACCUGGUACAAGAUAUUACUACAAGUGUGGAGACAGUUCUAUCCCCGCAAUUAGCGAGGAACAUACCUUUGAGACUCUACCGUUUCCUGAACCUAACAAUUAUCCUCAACGUAUAGCUGUCAUAGGAGACUUGGGUCUUACUCACAAUUCAACCACAACUAUUGAUCAUGUGACUCAGAAUGAUCCAUCUCUAAUACUAAUGGUUGGUGACAUGACUUAUGCAAAUCAGUAUCGUACAACUGGAGGAAAGGGAGCUUCAUGCUUUUCUUGUGCAUUUCCUGAUGCACCAAUCAGAGAGUCAUAUCAACCUCGGUGGGAUGGUUGGGGAAGGUUUAUGGAGCCUUUGAUCUCUAGAGUCCCUUUUAUGGUCAUUGGAGGCAAUCAUGAGAUAGAACCUCAAGCUUCUGGUGUAACAUUUAAGUCAUAUCUCACAAGGUUUGCAGUUCCUUCAGAUGAGAGCGGCUCAAAAACUAAUAUGUACUAUUCUUUUGACGCCGGAGGCAUACAUAUUGUCAUGUUGGGAGCUUAUGUGGAUUACGAUAAAUCAAGUGCUCAGUAUGCUUGGCUUGUAAAAGACCUGAAAAAUGUCGACCGAAAAAUAACUCCUUGGUUGGUUGCUGCAUGGCAUCCUCCUUGUUAUAAUAGCUAUUCAUCGCAUUAUCAGGAGUUCGAGUGCAUGAGACAGGAAUUGGAAACACUCCUCUUCCAGUAUGGCGUUGACAUUGUGUUUUCUGGUCAUGUUCAUGCAUAUGAGAGAAUGAAUCGUGUUUAUAAUUACACAUUGAAUCCAUGUGGUCCUGUUUACAUAACAGUUGGAGAUGGUGGGAAUAUCGAGCAAGUUGAUGUUGAUCACGCUGAUGAUCCAGGGAAAUGCCCGAAACCUGGAGACAAUGUUCCUGAAAUCGGACCAGUGUGCCACUUGAAAUUUUCUUCAGGUCCUGCUAAGGGUAAAUUUUGUUGGGACAGACAGCCUGAGUGGAGUGCAUUUAGGGAGAGCAGCUUCGGACAUGGAAUUCUUGAGGUUAUAAAUUCUACGCAUGCAUUAUGGACAUGGCACAGGAAUCAGGAUGUCUUCAGGAAUAGUGUACGAGGAGACCAAAUAUAUAUAGUGCGACAGCCAGAGCUGUGCAUCCGAGAGGACAAGUAAUUCCUAAGACCAUGCUCAUACUGUAUAGCCUCUUAUAAAGACAGAUGGCAUCUCUUCUUUAUAAGUAACCUAUACUAGAACUCGAAAUUGUAUGAAUAAGGCCAUGCUCAGGCUUGUGCUCGUGCUCGUUCUCAUGCUUGUACUUAUACUCCUUGUCCUCCUCAAUUUGCUCAUAAUCCCUUAAAUAUAUUCACGAAGCCUCUAAUAAGGUGCAAAAGCUGCAGGACAGUGUACUUGGUUAGGUCGUAAUCAAGUGUGAAUGUAAUUCCCAUUGAUACUAUUGAAUAGAUAUGUACCCCGAACAAGGAUAGUAAUCAGAAUCACUCCUCUUCUUCACUCC